GGACAAGUACAUCCUAGAUAUAUGCCCCAGGAGACGCAUAUAUCUCAUGGCCGCCAUUCUGGACUGGAACUUUUGAUCUCUUUGAAUUUCUGUUUGAUUCAUGGAAGAAGGAAUAAGCAUCGAUAUUUCCCCUGUGUAUUAUACUCUGCCCAUCCUUCAUGCCUCCAGCACGCUCGAGGCCCUCAGAGGUCGCAGUUGAGGCCAAACGAGUUUACCAUCCAUACAUUGACCGAGAAAUGCCAGAGUGUCCUGCCCGCUCAGUCAUGAUUCCAGAUUCGUCGCAGAUACCUGUAGCAGACGAUCGUCGAGCGUGUCAACGUCUCCGCGUGGCCGUAAUUGACGGGGACCCAAUUGAUGUCGCGUUGGACUGGUAUCUACAUGCAUCUAGAGAUUCUGCAAGACUAGAGCCGCCUAAGAUACCUGUCGUGAACAUGGCAAAUGAGAAAAGAGCUGGCGGUGACUGGGAAUCGGGUCACAUGGCCCCUGAAGAAUGCUUUUCGAGGAGAAGCAAUCUCGUGCAAGCACUGGUCACACCAUUUGAGUAUCCAAGUCCUUCUACGCCACAUUAUCCGAUACCCCACCGCGGAGGAAUCUACUCACCUUCUGUGGUUGUAUACCGAGACGGUCCUGAAUUCUACCAGAUUUGGCAAGAGUUUAGAUCACUCCCUGUGAUAUCAGUUGCACCAGUGCGUCGACCUAAGCUGGACGAGUCAGGGUCCAACUACUCCUUCGAGCAAGAGCGGGAUCUCAUGAUGGAGAAGAUGCGCACAGUGUUACGGCUUGCAGCUAUGUACAGACAUGUCGACCUCUGUUUAGGCGCAUUUGGGUGCGGCCCAGAAUUCCGAAAUCCUGUACGAGAAGUAGCCAAAAUGUGGAAGACUCUCCUGUUCGAAGAAGCCGAGUUCCAAGGCACCUUUGAGAACAUCGUCUUUGCGAUACCAAGCGACCAGCCAGGAAUUCCAGAGGGAGGCAUAGAGGAACUAGAAGUGUUCAAGCAGGUGUUCAAUCCCUCCAGUAUUUUCCACACGAUCUAUCGAUAAGAAAGUGGCUAAAUAUGUUUACCACUUACGAUACACGUGUCGCGCAGAUUUGCAUCUCUUUCUCAUUGUUUUCAUUUUUGACAGACC